AUGUAUACUACCGGACUGAAUCCGUUUUAUGCUUCUAAUUUUAGUCUUUGGUCUGCGUAUUGCUCCAGUGGUUUUUCAUUGGAUUCGAUGAAGAAGCCGUCUUUUUGCAUCGCUGACAUAUUACACGUCGGAGACGCUGAAAAUAUCUCUGGAUCUUCCGCUAUAAUGGCUCAUAUGGGUCCCCGUGCUCCGGUUCACGCUUCUGGAUCUCCCCUGCGCCCUUCCCCGGUUACCCAGGAGCCGUCUGUUUUCAGCUCCAGGGUGAGCUCUGCGUCCCCGUAUCACAGGCACGGAUUACAUUUAACUUCUGUUUCGCGAGUCACUCUGAACUCUCCCCAAGCCCCUGCACCGUCAAGCAAAGACCUAAAGUUUGGGAUUGAUCGCAUUUUAUCUACAGACUUUGACCCAAAAGCCAAAGAGACUUCAAGUUUAAGAGAUCUCACUUCAAUUGUUAGCACGAACCGUCAGUCAGGGAUGCAUCUCUCUAUGCCGCCUUCUACAAGCCAGUACUUUACGCCCUUAGAACCCAGGAUGAGCGACGCGCCCACCAUGAUGAGCUCGUUAGGCAGCGCGGCCAGGCAAUCAGGACAGCAUCAGUUACAGGAUACCUUUCCAGGUCCGUACGCAGUGCUUACCAAAGACACGAUGCCACAGACGUACAAAAGGAAGCGAUCCUGGUCACGAGCGGUGUUUUCCAACCUGCAGCGAAAAGGGCUUGAGAAACGAUUCGAAAUACAAAAGUAUGUCACCAAACCUGACAGGAAACAGCUCGCCGCGAUGCUGGGCCUGACCGAUGCGCAGGUGAAAGUAUGGUUCCAAAACAGGCGGAUGAAAUGGAGGCACUCGAAGGAAGCCCAGGCACAGAAAGACAAGGAGAAGGAGCAGUCCGACAAGCCGCUGACAGAAGGGGAGCAGAAGGAGCAGGAGUCCGAGUGCGAAAGCGAAGCGAGUGAGUGCGAUUUGGACGAGACGCCGGAGCGCAGUGACGUGGACAUUGCGGAGCACAAUAAGCGAAGCGUCAUCAUGAACGGGGCUCCCCCCGCCAGCGCUGAGGAGGCGGCGCCGCUCAGCGCGGCCACGGAAGCGCCCGCGUCCUAGCGAGGGUGCGCUAGUGGCGCCCUGGAAGGUAAUUUUUAUCUGUGAAGUAUUUAAUAUGAAGCCUAUCGAAAUGUCCGAAAUUGAACUCAACAAAAAGGGAAUUUUAAAAUCGUCUUGUGAAAAAUUGAUUGGAAGGCGGCCCAAAGACAUAGUUUUAUUCAGGACUGUUGGUAGCUACCCCGAUAUAUUUGUUAUUUUUUCCACAUGUAAUUGAACCUCCUGUCUUCAAAAUAAUCCCCUAAAUAUGUUAUUUUGUAAAUGUGAUUUUUUUCAGUUUUGAUAAGCGUAAAAGUGUACAAAUAUAUUGUCUAAACUUAUUUGCACUGAAAAUAAUGUACAUAAUGUUUCUUACUGUUUUCAGAUUGUAUUCGUAAAAACCUAAUGAUUUCCAUUAAAAGUUUCUGUCAAAACAGCAA